AUUUUCUGCUCAGGAAGAGAAGAUUGACGCAUAAAAUGACGUCAUGACGCAUGGCAACGUCUGCUAUCGUUGGCGCCGGACUAAUGCAGUCAGAGUGUCCCACAGUCCUGCUGCUGGAGCCCUUUUACGGAGGUUCGCACAAACAGCUGAUCGACUUGCUGAAAGCUAACGUUGAUGGUUGUUCAGUCUUCACCCUCCCUGCUAAGAAAUGGCACUGGAGAGCAAGAACAGCGGCGCUGUACUUCAGCCAGACCAUCCCUACCUGCCCAUCGUACAGAGUCCUGUUCAGCAGCUCAGUCCUUAAUCUGUGUGAGCUGGUAGCUCUCAGACCAGAUCUGGCUCAUUUAAAAAAGGUUCUGUACUUCCAUGAGAACCAGCUGCUUUAUCCAGUUCGCAAAGACCAGGACAGGGACUUCCAGUACGGAUACAACCAGGUCCUCUCAUGUCUGGUGUCAGAUGUGGUGGCGUUUAACUCAUGCUUCAACAUGGAUUCCUUCCUGUCCUCCAUCUCCUCCUUCAUGAAGAAGAUCCCGGACCACCGACCUAGAGACUUGGACCAGCUAAUUCGUCCUAAGUGUGUGGUCUUGAACUACCCGGUCCAAUUCCCUGAUGUCAGCAGGCUGCUGCCCAAAUACAAAGUGGCCCGCAGACAGACGGAGCUCCAGCCUGUAGGGUCUGUGGAGCUUCCAUAUCAGUCCACACCUGAACCCACAACUACCCAGAAUCCUAGUAUGGAAGAAGCCACUGAAGCCCUGCUGAAACCUUUGCAUAUUGUCUGGCCUCACAGGUGGGAACACGACAAAAACCCGGAUCUGUUCUUCAGCACUCUUCUCCGACUGAAGGAGAAACAACUGGAUUUUAAGCUGUCUGUGCUGGGAGAGACGUUUACUGAUGUCCCAGAGAUCUUCUCUGAGGCCAGACAUCUGCUGGACCCCCACAUCCUGAACUGGGGUUUCCUGUCCAGUAAAGAAGAUUACCUUGGAGUGCUGUGUCAGGCCGACGUGGUUGUCUCCACAGCCAAACACGAAUUCUUCGGCGUGGCCAUGUUGGAGGCAGUUCACUGCGGUUGUUUCCCUCUAUGUCCCAACGCUUUAGUUUAUCCUGAAAUAUUCCCAGCAGAGUACCUUUACUCUACACCUGAGCAGCUCUGGAAACGUCUGCAGGGGUUCUGCAGGAGGCCCGACAUCAUCCGUAGACACAUUGUCAAGGUCGACACCACCUCCUUCUCUUGGACCUCUCUGAAACAGAGCUUUAAGACUCUGCUGGCAGAUGAAGGUCUGUAAAGGCAUUGUGGACCUGGAAGUCCAGACGCAGCAGUCAACCCAGUCCAGCCUGGCCACGACAGAGUCUGGAGAGCUCUGGAGUUUUGUGCUUGUGGUUUUUGGGGAGGAGGGGGUUAUCAUGUAAAAGCCUUUAUGUUUCCACAGGCAGUGCCACCACAUAUCCGCUUGGAUCCAUUUUUAUUCUGUGUUUCUGCUCUUCACUGCACUGGCUAGGCGGCAGCCAGGCACAGGGUUCUUACUGCAGCCCCACCUGAGCUGCCAGGUUUUGGGACAAAUUACAGUACUCCAUAUCCAAAGUGGAUGCAUAGACGCUAGCUGGGCCCGAGACAACAGCAUUGGCCACUCUAACUUCAUCAGCCCUUCAGAAGCUGUUUUAAUAAAUUAUGAGACAACUCAUUUGCAUUAUUGGCAAUCAAAUUAUUGCAAAUAUGUAUGAAAACUAUUUAUGCCAGACGAGAUGAAUGGGACAAAAAUAAAAACGAGACAAAUUCAAUGUGUCUCUCAAAACUACUACGCUAAAUGCUGCUAAUAAAGUUUCCACUACAGACUUCAUAUGUCUACAAACACUGACCUUCUGACUUGCUGUGAUACCUUCAAGUUCUGAAUCAGUUUGUGGGUCCUGUGGCAACACUUUGGGCGCGCAGGUACAGUUUUGGUUCAGCUACUAUUUCUGUGGAUCGGUCCAGACAUGGCUGGCUGCACCAAGCAUCACUGGUACAAUUUAAUAAUAUGUAAUGACUUGUGGGAGGUGCAGUAUAAUAAUGUCCUGGAAAUGCAGAUGUGAUUUAUGGUUGAAGCUCUGUGACUCUAAAACAGGCCAGAGUUUUAUUAUCAGAUUCGUUGUUUAAAUCUGAGCUGCAUAGUGAACCUACUUCUAUUUCAAUAGUAGGUUCACUAUCUGAAUCCUGUUUUGUAUGGAUUGGUUCUGGACUGUUUCUUUGUCUUGAUGACUGUAUAAUGGACCCAAACAGAAAAUAAAUUUAGCUUUGGCUUUUCAGCAAACUGCUGGAUUAUCAACAAAGAGCAGCAACAUUAAUUUCACACUUUAGGUGUGAAGUUGCUUUUAGCCCGAUCGACGAUGCUCUGAGACUCUGUACUUUGACAUCCUCCCACAGUGCAGUAGCUGAAGGUGGCCUCCUCAGCUUAGCACAAGAUCAACAUAAUAGUUACUUUGUUAAACAUUAGUGCUGGGUAUAUGUAAGAGAGGAGCUAAUUACCUUUACAUGAUUUAAUUGUGGCAUCACCAGUGAGAUUCUUUGUCGCACCUGACCCCAGCCUUUGAUCCAUGAGCCUGAACACAUGUGGAAAUAAGUGUCCAUGUUUGAUCUGGCAAUUUAGACAGUUUUGUUUAGUAAGUAGCAGAAAUAAAAGCUUAACCAUCAGCAUCAAAGCUGUGCCAACUGUCAGCCACUAUCUGGGCAGUUGUUUCAAACCCAGCCGUUGAAAGCCUCCUUUCUAAAUGAAGGCCAGCCUCUGUUUCUCCAGCUUCAGAAGACGCCCCUCCCCCGAGGCCGUACAGCUAUAUAGGUGGCGUAAUUAGACAAGCGUGCUGCCAUAUGUUUGUGCUGCAAAAAGAUGGAGGGGCUUGACACCGACUCGGUCAUUUGCCAUGUUAUUAAUGGGCCCUGUGGUCGGGACAUGGCACGCCUCAUCUUUUCAUCCGAUUUUCUUUGUAAGUGAGGCAGCAGGCAGUCGGCCAUCCUCACAAGGCUCUUUCAGAAACUCCACAGUUAAUAUAUGAAAUAACUCUGAGAGGCUUGGCUGCUUCACAAAAUUAUCCACAGUCACUGAGGCAAACAGUACUGCAGACAACCGACAGCAGGAACGCUUUGAGCAGUCUGGUUCCAUGGGCACUUUGACCUGUUAAUGGUGAAAAGACAUAUUCGCGUCAACGCAAUAACCUCAGUGACUGGAGCAGAGCUUGAGCAUGUCUUUGUUCUUCUGUUCUGGAAUUACUUUGCCUCUAGUGUCUUUCUGUCUGAGCACAAUCAUAGCACAAUCAACUUUAGAACUUGAGGUCUGUCAUUGUGUUCAAUCUGGUUUUUGUUUUACAUUUGCACAGAUUCCACCACAAAAGCUGCUUUAAGACAGUCACUUUCCCAUCGUUCCUAGUUGUGCUGCCAAGGCGAGACAUCGGAUUUAAAGAAUAAUAAUAAAAGGCAGAAAAAUGGUUUUCCCAUAAUUACAGAGUCUCUUAUCUGCACAAGAAAUGGCCAGAAGAAAAGAGCAGAGUCCAGAGCUUCAGUUUUUAAAGGGAUAUAAAAAGAAUAUGAAAGGGGAGGGGGGGGGUGCUGAUUUGAUCCUGAUGUGUUGAGACUGUCCUGCCUCAUGUUUGGAGAGUUAAGAACAGAAGACACUUAGAAUCCAUUGGUUGCUUUUUGCUGCUGACUUUAUUCAAGCUUGAAAUGCCUGAAUAGUAAUAGUGUUUUGCUGUAAUAAUAUCUGCAUUUUUCUGCAUUCACAUUUAUCUUGGUUGAUCCUGUGUACUCGUCCAGUACCUGCUACACUAGUAGUAGUAUUACCCACUUCACUAGUAGUAGAAAUCCUACACUAGUAGUAGUAGUCUUUACAAUAGUAGUAGUACCCGCUACACUGGAAGCAAAACUCUUUACACCAUUAGUAGUACUAGUACUAAUCAGUUUUUCUGCAUCACUCUGAGAGACGAUGCUUCUAAUUUGAGCUAAAUUUAUAAGAUGGAAAAAGGUGCUUCUGGAGAUUUCUUUAAUAUGAGGUAAAGGAGCAUUCCUCACAAUAGAAUCUGAAGCUAAUGUUAUGUUAUCCAAGGUAACUAUCUGUUUCAAUAGUGUCUGUGAUUUUCAGGCCCAACUAUAAGAACCUCAGUUUUAUCUGAUCGAUCUUGAUUUUUGCCAUUUCCUGUUUUAUUUUGUACCAUUUCCAGGUUCUGUUCCGUUAUGUUAGUUUCUGAAUUACUUUUCCAGUCAUAUGAUUUCUCAGCUGUUGACCUUUAUUAAUCCAUCCAUCCAUCCAUCCAUCCAUCCAUCUUUCUUCCAUACCGCUUACAUACGUGCGGGUCGCGGGGGUGCUGGAGCCUAUUCCAGCUGGCUAUUGGCGAGAGACUUCUGGAUCCAGCCUCUUUUAAGAAGGUUCUGCACAUACUCUUUGACCUCCUUAUACAAAGGCUUAGGGAUGGAAUUACAGCACUUUUGGACUAGUUGUAUAUUGGAUAUGCAGCCUACUGUAUGUCCCAUUGCCAGAUUGGUAGCUCACUUACUGAUGUCUACUUUCCAGCUUUUACCUAGUUCUUGCCUUGUGUUGUGACCGAUGCCUGUCUCCUCGUACUCCCUUGGCUAGUCCUUCUGUACUGUAGCAGAGCUUACCUGGUGCUGACCCAGUUUGUUUUUGACCGCCGCCUCUGCCUGCUCUUUUGUACUUACGUCAUCUGUUGUGUACCAAUCCUCGCCUGUUUUUGGAUAACGAACUGCUCAUUAAAGCAAACUGAACCUUC